AUGAACUGCUUAUAGUGCAACAGUUAUACUCUUAGCCUAGAUAAAAUAAAUGUUUGCUUAGAUUAAUCUUGUUAGUAGAAUAUAUUAUGCUAAGAGUGCUGUACAAAGCAUCCAUCAUUUCAUCAAAAACCUAUUUUUUUAAAAAAGUUUCUGAAUAAAUUGUAAAAUAAACUGCCUGAUGAAAAUGUAUUAUAAAGCAUAAAUUCUUCUAAAGUUUUAUAGGAAUUAGAAAAUAACUUUCAGAGAAGUAAUAAGCUGUUCAGAUAAUUAAAAGAAAGUGUUAUACGCUAAAUAGACAUUGUAGUUAAUCAAACAACGCAACUUUUUGAACACCUACAUAAAUAAUACUAAUAAAUGCAUGCUAAGAUAGUUAAAUUAAACUCCCAAAGAAAUUUAAUUGAGGACGUCAAAAAGCAACAAGAUAUAGGAUCUUUAAAAAGGUUAAUUGGAGAAUUCAUCAUUUAAUAACCAGAUUAAACAACUAAAAACUCCGAUUAUCAGCUAGAGAAUAGUAAGACAGUUAUGUCAAUUAGCUCAUCGAUGCUCAGAAAUUCUUAAUUGAUUACUCCUAAAUCAGCUAAAUAAAAAAACAAUUUUGAUUAAAUCAACUAAGCAAACGCUAAUAUUUAUAGGAAAUUCGAAAAUAUUCACAAAGAGGUAAUUGCAUUUAAUGAAUUUUCUUAGCAAGUCCUCGAAAAAGAAUUGGACAAAUCUUCAUAACUUUUGUAUGAAAGUUUUGAGAACAUUAAAAAAUUUAUAACAUUCUGCUCAUAAUCAGCUCAUAAAACGAAGUUAGUAACAAAUAAAUUCUUAGAUACUUUAUAGCCAUUGUUUCAAAAAGAAGAUUAAAUUAUCUGUCACAAAAACAACAUGCCUGUAUAAGCAAUAGUUGUUAAUGCAAAAUAAAAUCAAAUCAUUACUGCUUCAUACGAUUGCAACAUAAUUGUAAGAGAUAUUCACAACUUAGCAGAACUCCAAACAUUAAAAGCUCAUACCCAAUGGAUUCGUUCAUUAGCUUUACAAGAAUACUCAAUCAAUAAUCCUUUUCAUUACUCUAAAAGCAUUCUGAUAUCAUGUGGAGAUGAUAAAUUAGUCUAGUCAUGGAUUUUAAAUUAAUCUGCAUCCCCUUGUCUAUAGCUAAGUUAAAACGAAUAGUUAAGUCAAAGUAAAGCAAAUUAAACCUAAGAUGUACUAAAAUAAAUCACAUUUUAGCUUAAUAUAAAAGCAUGUCUGCUAUGCAUGAUUUCAACCAAUUAAGUAGCUAUCUGCACAGGACCUACUGAUAAUUUUAAAACACUAAUUUACGAUAUCACAAAUUCUCAAUGCUUAAAAAUUUUAACAGGAAAUCGAAAGUACAUAAGAAGUGUAAUUCAUUUAGAAGAUAAGAACUAUUUAUGCACUGGAAGCGAUGAUGGAGUGAUUGGUAUAUGGAAUUUAAACGAUGUUAAAAAUGAAAAAUUUAAAUUUAGAUUAAAUGCUUCUCUAUUCCCUAUUUAAUCAUUAAUUUAUGAAGAAAAAAAUAAUCUAAUUUGUGCAGGCUGUUAAGAUGGCAAAAUAUUGAUAUAUUCAAUAUAAUAAGUUCCUAAACUAUUAAAAAUUAUAUAAAGCAGUACUUGUACCUCUGUAAGUACAUUAUGCAAAUUAAAUAGCAAUUAUUUUGUAGCUGCUGUAGGUAAAAAUAUCCUUGUUUACCUCUUUUAAAAUGGAACCCUUAUAAAUAGUAUAAAUAAUAAAAACAGUAAUAACAUAUCUGUAAUAACUUAUUGUCCAUUAAACUAGAAGCUAUUAGUGGGUGAUGUUAGAGGUUAACUAUCAUCUUAUGCUGUAUUAAUUGUUUGA